AUGAGCCAGUUCCAGUACUCACCUGUCAUCUCACCGCGGCAUCGUCAUUCAGUCACGCAGGCCAAACAUCAAGAUCAGUCAUCGGCUGGCAGUCCUGCUUCCCCUGUCUUCGUCAAGGCCAGGCCCUCUCCGCCUCUCACCGCUCUCAACAACCAUUGCAAACACUGCUCAAACUUCACCAUGUCUGGCCCCUACAGCCAGUUCGUCGACGUCCACGCCGACUGGGAUCCGUACAUGUUUGAGGACAGAUUCAACCAGAACAUAUCUCUCUUCGGCCAUAACGAGUACCAAUCGCCGUACAGCAACCAACCCUUCCCCCAGACCACGAGCAACGACUACAUCCAACCCCCUCAACAACAGACGCAAAACGAAACCGAAGCACCGCCAGCAAAGCGCCUCCGCUCCCGCGCCCUCCGUAAUGCAAACCCCCCUCGCUCCACAACACCCGACGUCGAACCACCCUACCACCUCCAGCUCUUCUGCCCCCACGCCCUCCCAGGCACCGUUUCCUCCCUCCUCACCGCGUCCCUCCAGAUCCCGCCCACCGCCACCGCCCAAGAGCGCGCCCGCCGUGAAUCCGAGAUCCAACAAAUCUUCACCACCGCCAAACAAACCACCCUCCCGCCCCCUUCCCCCCGCGUGAAGAACACAACCCGCACCGCCUCCUCGUCCCUCGCAAAAAUCUACAAAAUCCGCGCCGCCCCGGUCCCAACCGAAAUCGCGCACCUCCCGCCCCCGCCCGUCCUCGGCUCCUACAUCAAAAUCGACCCAACCGUCCCCGAAGGCCCCGCACGAGCCGAGGCGGUGGAGUACAACAACACCCUGGCGGCCGCGCGCCUCAGGAACCUCAAGGACCGCAACAACGUCGCCGCGCUACGGAGCCGGAACCGUCGUGACAGGGCGGCCGUGAUGCGCGCCGAGGACAUAUGCCACACGAAAGCGGAGUGCCGGUACUGGCGGGCCAAGGCUAUCGCCGCGGGCGUUGACGCCAGCGCUUGGGAGGAUUUGCCCCUGGUGGUGAGGGAGGCUGUCGCGGCGGACUAUCGUAUUGACGCGUUGGACUUUUUCCAGGAUGUGCCGAGGGGUGAGAAUGCGGGUGAGGCUGCUUCGAUGCCCGGGACGCCUAUGAUGGCUCCGUUGAAGAGGAAGCUGCCUGCGCAAAGAAAGUGA